CCACUCUUGAUAUACAAAAACAGUCGUAGCACAACCAGCUUACAAGGCAGUUCGAAAGCGUUGUAUUAAUUAACGGUCGCCUUACAGUUGUAAAAUGAAAUUUCUCGUUGUAAUAAUAAGCGUUGUCUUGUGCAAUGUUUUUGGUGUGCAAGCUGAAUCGUACAUACCCAACUCAGGGGAUCCAAAUAAUCCUGGUCACUGCUUCCAUAAAGAGCUCCAGCUCGCCAUCAAACUGAAUGAGACACUCAAGCCGACCAAUGUAGACUUAUGCGCUGAGCUCACAUGCCAGGAGCCCGGUCUUAUACGCCUAACGCAUUGUCCACGCGUACAGCCGAGCUGUAAGGAUUUCACAUAUCAGCCAACCGAUUUUAGUAAAGCCUUUCCCGAUUGUUGUGAACGUUAUAUAUGCAAGAAUAAAUAGUUGAGGUUAUGUUGAAUUAAAGGAAA